UUUCACGAAUUGAAACGCACAACGCCCACCCAUUUCGUGCCUUCGUCCUAACUCUCCUCCCUGGAAGAGGCACCAGGAAGAACGCCAAUGGCCUCCACAAGGAAGAUCCUGAGAAGAUCGAUCCACACUUUCCUUCAAAACUACCACUACUUCACCUCGACGUCCGCGCUGCUCGUGCUGCCCUUCUCGGUCUCCAUCCUCCUCUCGCAAGCCCUCGUUCCCGCCUCGUCAUCUCUCGUCCUGGCGAUACACUCCCGCCUACGAGACCUCUUCGACGCGGCCGGGUUCCCGCCUUCGUCUGAAUUCUUCGCCCUGCUCAACUUCAAGCUCUCCCAAACGCUGUCCUCUUCGGUCCUCGCCCUCCCCUUCGCCCUCUCCUUCCUCCUCAUCGCCAAGUCCUCCGUGAUUCUGUCCCUCGCCGGGACGAAGCCAUCCGUCCCGUCCUCGCUCUCCUCAUUCCUAUCGAUUUAUAGGCCACUCCUCGCCACUUACAUCUGCAACUUGCUUGUGAUCCUCUCCGCCAACUCAACCGCCUUCUUCCUCCUCUUCUUCGCAUUCAACUGCCUUGGGGGACCUCAGCCCGGUUCCUCGAAUUACGACCUCCUGCUCUCGGCAACCGGCGCAGUUGUCUACUCCAUCAUCUUAGCGCAUGCUCUGGUGAUAUGCAACUUGGCACUAGUCUUAUCAGGUAUGGAGAGAACUGGCGGAUUCGUUGCGAUUCUAAAGGCAUGCGCCUUGAUCAGGGGAUCAACUUCAACUGCUCUUUCCCUGGCGGUGCCCGUGAAUUUGGCCCUGGCCGGCACAGAAGCAUUGUUUCAAUUCCGGGUCAUGAGGGCUUACAGCAUGAAGAACGGGCCAGUAUUUCCAGUGGCCAUGGAAGGGUGGCUCAUCGCCUAUUUGUAUUCAAUACUCAUCGUUCUCGACACAAUCCUCACCUGCAUUUUCUUCAAAAGCUGUAAGAACAGUUCCAUCAUCCGUGGCAGCGAAGAUCAACGCUACUUCCGGAUUGAAUUCGGUGAUUACGACGACAACAUUAGAACUCCCGAGAACCUGAAGAGUUCAGAGUCAGGACAGAUACUGAAGUUGGAGUUUUGAGGGGCCGGAGAGGGAUUGUCCUUCUUGCUUGUACAUUUCCGCCGACAUGCGAUAUACGUAAAGCAGAAGAAUAAAAAAAUAGGGCUUCGGAGACUUGCUUUUUUUCGUUGCUAGAAUAGAGAACUCAGGCAAACAGUCAGGAUCAUCAAAACAUAAAAAGAUCCAACUCGUGCCUUGUAUGGGAAGCUUAGAGGUUAAACAAAGAGAGAUCCCACAAGUGGAGGAGCCAGCAAAAAGCAGGAGACUCUUUUACAACAUCUCGCGUUUAUUUCACCUACGUCGACAUGGCUAUUACCUUGGAGAAAUAGGCUUGCUACUUCUCAGGAAUGUGUCUUGAGUUUUUGCUCUUGCUGGGUUUGUAAUUGAGUGAACAUCAAGGAGCACUUUGAUUAACAAUUGACCAAAAUCAUAAAUGCACAGAGAAUUUUUCAA